AUGAAGCUUAACAUCAGCCUUUUGUUAUCUCUCGGCCAGCUCGCGGCAGCCGGUCAAAUCCUCGAUAUUAGGGAUGGAACCGAGACCCAAUGCUACGCCUUCGACGCCGUCGACAAUGAGAAGACUUUGGAUUUCAACUCUUUUAGCGCGUGUGCAGAGGAGUGUCUGAAAUCGGACCAAUUUGUAAUCGGAAUGCGGAUAUCAGGCUGCUUCUGCCUUGACAGCCUGCCACCGGACGACAAGAAAGUAGACGCGUCCGAGUGCACCGAGCCUUGCCCCGGCUAUGGCCUCCAUAAAUGCGGUGGUAAGCCCGGGUACUACUCUGUAGGCAGCUUCGACGCAUCCUACUUCGACUCAUCUAAUACGACAAAUACAACAUCGACGUCAUCCGAUACAGCCUCUUCGACCACUUCCGCCACAGCAAUCGCCAGCUCUUCAAAUGUGCCUUCGAACAGUACCACCUCUGCCACGCCUGCCUCUAGCUCUGCUUCAGCAAGCUCUGCUUCAGCAAACCCCACUGUCGAAAGCAGUAGUGCAGCAGCACCCGGCUUCGGGUCCAGUGACACUGCGAUCUCGUCUUGGGCCUACGCCGUGGCUGUUCUGGUUGCUCUCAUCUAG